AUGAAGGAAUCAACAAAUGUUACCAAUAUUCUCUUUAUGGCCGCUUUCAGCGGUCUUCUCAUCGGCUUCAACCUGGCGUCCAUGACGGGCAUCCUCGAUGUCAUGGUGUUCUCAUCCGAUCCAUCGGUGCCGUUUCAGCGAGAAAUGUUAGCCUCCAUAAUACCCUUUGGCUCAAUAAUGGGGGCUCUCGUAACUUGGCUUAUCGUUGAUGAAUUUGGGGCGCCGAGGACGUUGAGUUGGGCGACUCUGUUGUGGGCGAUUGGAAGCGGUCUCAUGGCCCUUUCAGGAGGGCUUACGCUUCUGAGUGUCGGAAGAGGCAUAGCCGGUGUCGGAGGUAGAAUUCUCAGUGCUAUUGUGCCUGCAUAUAUGGUUGAAAUAGCGCCAAAGGAACGUCGGGGAUCAUACAUGAGUCUCCUAUACUUGUUCAUCGGCCUCGGUAUCCUGUUGGUAAAUGGUAUCCAGUUCAUGGCAAGGCGGCUCAUUGGGGAGGAGGUUCCCGGAAACGACCCAAACGACCCAAACGACCCGCGCGGUGUGGUUUACGCUCUUCGAAUCUCAUAUAUCGUUCAAACCAUCCCUAGUCUUGCAUUCCUGGUGUUUACAAUGCUCCUGCCCAACAGCCCGUAUCAUCUUGCCGAAAAGGGCCAUUGGCGCGAGGCCCACGAGCUGAUGGCUGCGCUGGAGAUUCGAAGGACGACUGAUCCCAAAGUUCUGGCGCACUAUGAACAAAUGCGACAAGAGAUCCAAGCUCGACGCGGAGAUGGACAGCCUCAGCUGCGAAUGCUGUUCCGUCCAUCGGAAAGGUAUAAGCUCAUACUGGGUCUGUUUACGCAGUUAUGGAACCAGCUGUGUGGCAUACAUGUUCUCUUGUGUUCAGCAGGAGUCAUUUGGCUCCCUUUGGCCGUGUUCUUUAUAUAUCUAUUCAACAUCAUCAGCACCGCGAUGUCGGGCUCGACACUACCGGAUAGUUUUGGUCGGCGAAACACACUGAUUGCUGGCUCCCUAGUGAUGAUACCAUGCCUUAUGAUAAUGGGCUUGAUCCAGAUCGCCUAUGCCGAGCCCAACUUGGGGUAUUUCGAGGGUACUUACUUUGACGACUUCGCCUACGUCAUCCAAAACCAGGGCGCUUCCAAUGCCCUGAUGGUUGUUGCUUCUCUGUUUGUACUCACAUAUGCGGCUACAUGGGGCCCAACGUCUUGGACUUAUUCGACAGAGAUAUUCCCGACUUACCUUCGCAGCAGAGGAGUUGCGCUGUGUACAGUGUCCUAUUGGGUUGGCAAUUUGAUCAUGACCCUUGCGGUACCUCGCAUGCUCAUAAAAUUCGAUGGCAGGACAUACUACAUAUUCGCCAUCUUCAACUUUGUUGCUGCUUUGCAUGUUUACGCUGAAUUUCGCGAGACCGAAGGAGGCCCGCUGGAGGAAAUGGACGAUCUCUUCAAUUCAGGCUACUGCGCAUGGCAAGGUCAGCCGAGGGGGGUCAAGUUCAAAUUCUUGGUAUCACGGUUUGAGAAUCACCCGGCCGUGGUUGGCAAUACUGCUGCCGGACCGGAGCAGGAUAGUAUUGAACUGGAAUCAAUGGACGGCAAUACGAUCACCAAUACGAUCACCAAUGGAGCUGCUGUAUAG